AUGGGUGCUCAUGGGGCCGAUAUCGGAACACGAUGGUCAGGAAGCACAGCCGCUGUCCAUCACGCUAUCACCCUUCAGGAUCUCCAUUCCGAACUACGGCGGUUUUGGAAGAUAGAGGAGGUCUCGGGAGACGCCGUGCCUACUCCGGAAGACGCUGAGUGCGAGAAGAUAUUCGCGGAGUCUCACUCUCGCAGCCCAGAGGGGCGCUACAUAGUCCGCUUGCCUCGCACGACGACAUCCUCCGUCGGCCUUGGCGAGUCGCGACCCGGCGCUCUGAAGAUGCUACUCUCAACAGAGCGGCGCCUAGAGCGGAACCCACCGCUCAAAACCAAGUACCAGGAGUUCAUGGAUUCCUAUCUUACCUUAGGCCACAUGGAGCACGUCGCUCAAGACGACGCGCGUCGAGGGGUAUACUACAUGCCGCAUCACGCCGUUGUCAAGCAGUCGGAUCCUGAAGGCAAAAUACGAGUGGUCUUCAACGCAUCGUUUCGCACGUCCUCUGGAGCCUCUCUCAAUGACCUGCUGCUCCCGGGCCCGAAACUGCAGGCGGACCUUUGGCUUGUUCUCACGCGAUGGCGACUCUUCCAGUUUGCAUUCACCGCGGACAUCGUCAAGAUGUUCCGCCAGAUACGCAUCCAUCCCGACGAUGCGGACCUUCAACGCAUUGUAUGGCGGGCGGAUCCGUCUGGCAGGCUGCUGGACUAUCGCCUCACGACGGUCACCUACGGCACGGCUUCAGCGCCGUAUCUGGCCCACCGCACACUGCUGCAACUUGCACGAGACGAGAGCUCACGUUUUCCGCGGGGUGCACAAGUCGUACAUUCACACAUGUACGUGGAUGACGUGUUGGCAGGCGCCAGCACAAUCGACGACGCCCUGGAGGUGCAGCGGCAGACUGCAGGACUGCUCAAUUCCGGCGGUUUCCCGCUGGGCAAAUGGGCCGCUUCGCACGCCGCUCUCCAACCGAAUGAUGGGCCCUCCACCGAGCGGCUCUUCACCAGAACUGACUGCGUUCGAGCGCUUGGCAUCAUUUAG